GGCGGCGGUUCCGCCAACAACUGGGCCUACGGCUACACGAUAAACAGUCGACGCCUGUCGCACGCUGUGCUGAACGUCACGCGACAGGAGAUUGAGAAGUUAGAUCGUUCCCAGGGAUUUCUUCUGCUUCUCAGCUCAGCCGGGGGCACGGGAUCCGGUAUAGGAAGCCGCAUGGUCGAGCUUCUGCGAGAGGAGUACGAAACUCAGCCUAUCGUCGCCGCGAUUGUAUUGCCGUUCACCUUCGGAGAAGUUUGCACCCAGAAUUAUAACACUGUACUGACCCUAGCCAAGUUCUCGGACAGGGCAGACGUCUCCGUGUUAUUCGAGAACGAGCAGACGUACUCUAUGUGUACCAAUCUGUUGAAGAAUUCUAACACCACGUUGCGUGACAUAAAUAGCAUCAUUUCAGAAAAUCUGCUCGCCGUUUUUCAACCUACCAGCAAUGCGAGGUGCAACGCGAAUUUUUUAAUAUCCAAAAUAGCCGCUCAUCCCAAUUUUAGAUUUGUAACGGUCAAGAGUACUCCGCAUACCCCCGUGACGUCUCUGCAGUAUGAACCCACGCAGAAAUGGGAGGUGUAUAUACGUCAUUUGAAGCAGACUCUUCGAGUAUCAAAGUCACAAGCUGAAUUAACGAAUGCCCAAUUAAAGGCACCAAAUCCCAAGUUAAACAAAGCAGCAAUGUCUUAUGUAUAUAGUCCUUGCGUGUCCAAUGUUCUCAUAACUCGUGGCAAAUCUGUGGAGAAUGAUGUUGUAGCAUUGGAAGAUUUGCAGAGAAGACAUCUGUAUCCGGAGUGGACUAUCCUGAAUUCUUUUACCCAUUUGCAUCAAGAACGUAGGUUUCUGAAUGGAGACAAGUUCCUGGCGUUGGUCAGCAAUAAUUCGGAGAUACACCGACCAUUGGACGUAUAUCUAGACAAAGCGUGGGGCUCUUACAAAUGCGCGGCUUUCUUGCAUCAGUAUAAACAAUUUGGUUUGGAGGACGAUGAUUUUUUGCAAGCUUUCGCCAAAGUAGAAAACGUAGCGCAGGAAUAUAAAAACUUAAAAAGCCGCAAUAAAAACUGAUUUUUCUUAUGCGUGAUUUUAUGUUCGAAAAAGAUAUCUAAUAUAAACGCCAAUAUAUAUCUAUACCUAUAUAAGAAGCAGAAAAAAUGAAUCCAAAAUUGUUAAAUUAAUGUGUUUAUAUCGUUAUAGGAAAACAUUGCGGAAUAUUUUACGGAACUAAGUAGAAUUUUAAAGUGCCUAGAUAUAAUUACUUGAAAGUAUGAUGCAGUAGCGUUCGAUAACUUACUAUAAAUCUCUGUUAUUUUGUAUAAAUAAUAUAUUUUUUAAGUAAAGAUUGUUGAAAAUAUAUUGAGCGUCUAAAUAUA